AUGGCACCAUCAAUUAUCGAGCCCCUAAAUGAUCACCCAAACGCCUCUCCUGAGGUCUUCCCACGAAACGGCCACGUGAAGCUGACUCCCGGCUUCUACGUCCCAACCGUCGCCUUCUUCUCACCAGAGGCAGAAGAAGUCGAUGUCACAACGACGAAGAAACAUGCCAUCCGCCUCGCAGAAGCCGGAGUCGCCGGCCUCGUCACCCACGGUAGCAACGGCGAAGCUGUCCAUCUCUCCCACGACGAACGAAUCCUCAUCAAUAAAACAACUCGAGAAGCACUCGACUCCAUCAAUCGCCAAGACAUGCCUCUGAUUGUGGGCUGCGGCGCUCAAUCAACACGGGAGACGAUUUUACUCUGCAAGGAGGCCGCAGCAUCGGGAGGUCAGUUUGCGCUUGUUCUCCCACCAUCCUACUAUGGUGGGCUUUUAAACGACGAGUUGAUCCUACGGCAUUUCCAAGACGUCGCAAAUGCGUCCCCAAUCCCGAUUAUGAUAUACAACUACCCUGGAGCCUGCAGUCAGCUGGAUCUCAGCUCGGAGGCUAUCCUCGUAUUAUCACAGCACGAGAACAUCGUCGGGGUCAAACUCACGUGCGGGAAUACUGGCAAGCUUGCGCGGGUCGCGGCCGAGGCCUCAACUCCCUUCUUAACAAUGGGAGGAUCUGCUGACUUCAUCCUACAAACGCUUGUUGUGGGCGGACAUGGGAUUAUUGGCGGUUUGGCAAACGUGGCGCCGAAGGCUUGCGUGAAGGUCAUGAAACUGUAUGAGGCGGGUAAGGUGGUGGAGGCCAGGAAACUGCAGCAGACUGUCGCAAGGGGAGAUUGGGUUGCCAUUAAGGGCGGGUUUGUGGCGGUUAAGGUCGCCCUGCAAAAGUAUCAUGGUUAUGGAGGAUUGCCGAGGAAACCUUGCGCGUUGCCUGCGAAGAAGGAUUUGGAGAAGAUGAGUUUGGAUUUUGCGGAGUUGAUGGAACUGGAGAAGAGUCUAUGA